UCAGUCAGUAAUUUAAACUUCAGUGCAGUGUUGAUUAGUAAUAUUACGCAUGUACCGAAAAGUUAAUUUAAUUCAUGCCGUGACCAGUGAGCCUUAAAGUUACCUUGAACAAAAACAAUGGCAUCCCCUGCAGAGGAAGCAACGGAAACAUCACGAGGAAACAGUGACGAGGACCUCAAGAUAUUCGAAACACUUUGCAUUUCUUCGCCGCAAAAGAUGCAGGAAUCGGACGAUGCAAUGACGCAUGACGUGACAACGACUCUCAGAAGCGAACUUGCUGCCCUAGAAUACAAGAGGGACCGUCUUAUGACUGAUCUGCAAGAGAUGAAGAGUGCAGUGAGAUCCCGUGACCAGAGAGUGGUCGAGCUACAGGUAGAGGCUGACCAGCUGAGGGAGCAGGCAGCGAGACAGAAUGCAGUAAUUUCAAGUCUGAAAAAGCGUAUACAAGAACUUGAAGAACGAGAAAGAACUUUGUACGCCAGCCAGGGGAGGAGCGAAAUAACCAUUCAAAGCUUGCAACGGGACUCCAAGUACCACGAGGACAAGGUUCGCGAAUAUGAAAAGAAGAUACGGCAACUCGAGCAUAACAUUAACGAGGAAAUUCAACUCAAGGAAAGAGCACGUCUCAAUUUACAAGACUUUGUUCGGAGGUUGGCGCAUUCGCUAGGAGUGGAAUAUUGUGACAGCAGUCAUCACAGUCCAGACGUGGUGAUACACAAGGCAGAGGAGCUCGUCCAGGAAGUAAACCGACUUCGAUCGAAGAGCACAAACGCAGAGUCUCACCUAAGCAGCAUUGAAUCGGAAUUACGGAGUUGCAGAGAUGCUCUGGACCGGGCCAACGUCGACAAGGAUCAAGUGCAGAGACAAGCAGCGUCUCAGCUCCUCGACUUGGAGCGUCUCCGGCAGGAAAAAGAAUGCGUCGAAAUGCAGUUGAGGGUUGCCGAGAGGGAUCUGAACGAUCUGAGAGACAAGCUCGUAAAUGCAAACAGGAACAUAACCAGUGCGACUGGGAAUAUUUCAAAUCAAGAGGCUCUGAUUUGCCAACUUCGAGAGGACUUGAAAUUACGCGAGGAAAAAUGUCAAAGGGUGCAAAACGAGCUCAGGCAUCUCCUCGAGUCGAUGGCGAUUCUCGUCAGUAACCCGAACAGAUUUGUCGAGACGCAUGAGAACGCUAUAAAGGAUCGAAUUCGCGAGAUACUUACCGAGAACAAGGAUCAGCAACUGAAAAUUCAAGCUCUGAGGGAUAAACUGAGCGUGGCACACGACACGUCCAAUCGUCAAACUGAAAUGACGGAAUCUACGAUGAUGCAGGUGCGCUCGCUUGAGGAAGAGCGUGCGGUAUUGGAAAGCAAAAUUCACAAGCUCGAAUCAGAGCUGACGAGCUGCGAGCUUUCUCGAGAAUCUCUCCGCCGCGACAAGCAAACGUUCAUGGCUUUUCUCGAUCGACUUGGAAAAGCUAUGCAGAUGGACGAAAUCUCGCAGGAAAUUGGAAUCGAUCUUCACACCGAGUCCCUUCUCGUACGCGCUGAACAACUUGCCAAACUGGAGUGCGAUAAGAUGGUAGACAAGCUGUUGUGCUGCAACUACACAACUUUUCCAAGGAUUCGUCGGGAGCGCUCCUUCCACGAACUGCCUUGUAUCAAAGAAACGUCGGUAGUUUACCAGCUGCAACGCCGUAUAAGAACCCUGAGAGAACAGCUCCAGCGAAGAGAUUUGCACUUGGAUCUUCUGCGGAGGAAAUUGUCUCUCCAGGAAGACAGUGUUCGCAUGAAGAACAUGCUGCAGUCUGAAAAAGACGAGGCCAAUCUUCGAGUGAAGAAGCUGAUGAAGCAAAUCGAUAGACUUCAGAUACAGCUGACGGAGGAAAAGUCGAGGAACAGGGAGAUCAGCGGACAGCUCACCGAGGCUGCUGAUUACAAGAUAGCGGCUCUGGAGCGAAGCAGGAAAAUUGAAGAACUGCAAAAACGACUCGUCGAAAGCGAGAUGCUGCGGACCAGGUACAACCGGAAGCUGACCAUGCUUAAGGACCAGAUGAGGACUGUGACUGAAACCGGUGAACAAGAGAGGUCCAUAAACGAUCACUCGCUGCAACUUCUUAGGGAUGAAUUGGCGCAGGUUAAGCAAAACCUGGCGGAGGUCACGCGGAGGGAAUCGCAGCUACAGAGCUUUCGAGUCUCCGUUGCAAAGUUGCUUUCCGAACCGAUAUGCACACCUGAUUACGAGAUCAUAUCAAGACUACAGAAAAUGGUUUCUGCCCAUCGGGACUUCACGAUGCUCUCGAGAAGAUACGACGAACCUCUCGAAGCCAGUCCCUCCAGAUGCACAAGCAUUCACCCGGUGCAUCCUGUUCAUCCGCCGAUCUCACCGGGAUCACGAUGCACAAGGUACGACGACAGCGGUUACACGGAUCCACCGGAUCUCCACGACAUCGACGACGACUACAGCAAGAGGCCGAUUCGUAGUAGCUUGCUUCCGUGACAUCGGUCAAAAUUUUAAGUUCUUCUUCGCGAAGUCUCUUUUAUCUUUUUUUGGAUCGUUAAAUUUUUCAAACCACGCGUCUAAGUUAAUGGUAUAAAAUUAUGAUGUACCUACAUC